AUGAUUUUCUCAAAGUCUUGUAGUUUUCUUGGGCUCUACCUCGUUAUAGUGGCUUGUCUUGUUUUACAGUGCUGUGCCUAUGCAAACCAGACUUCAACAACUCUGGUUGUAGAUGCUUCUAAAUCUGGAAGGCAAAUUCCUGACACACUUUUCGGAAUAUUCUUUGAGGAGAUCAACCAUGCCGGUGCUGGUGGAUUGUGGGCAGAGCUUGUUAACAACAGAGGUUUUGAAGCUGGGGGCACACAAGUUCCAUCAAAUAUUGCACCUUGGACUAUAGUAGGACAAGAAUCAGCUAUUUUACUACAAACUGAGCUUAGUUCUUGCUUCGAACGCAACAAGGUAGCAUUAAGAAUGGAUGUGCUGUGUGACAAUUGCCCUUCUGAUGGUGUUGGUGUCUCUAACCCGGGUUUUUGGGGCAUGAACAUUGUGCAAGGGAAUAAAUACAAAAUUGUCUUCUUUGUUAGAUCAGAAGGACCACUUUAUAUGACGGUAUCAUUCAGAAAAACUGAAGGUGGAGGGAUAUUGGCUUCAAGCAAUAUCGAUGCUUCUGAAUCAGAAGUUUCAAAAUGGAAAAGGAUAGAGACUACAUUGGUAGCUGAUACAUCAAGUUCCAAUUCAUCUUUGUAUUUAACAACAACCAAAAAAGGGGUGAUAUUGCUGGACCAAGUGUCUGCUAUGCCUUUGGACACAUAUAAGGGACAUGGUUUUCGAGGUGACUUAGUUAACAUGUUAUUAGAGUUGAAACCAACCUUUUUCAGAUUUCCAGGUGGCUGUUUUGUUGAAGGACAAACAUUAAGAAAUGCAUUUCGGUGGAAAGAUAGUGUUGGACCCUGGGAAGAGAGACCUGGUCACUUUGGUGAUGUUUGGAGUUAUUGGACAGAUGAAGGAUUUGGUUAUUUUGAGGGUCUUCAACUAGCAGAGGACAUUGGUGCAAGGCCAUUGUGGGUAUUUAACAACGGCAUCAGCCAUACUGAUCAAGUAGAUACAAGCGUCAUCACACCUUUUGUGAAAGAAGCCCUUGAUGGUAUUGAGUUUGCCAGAGGUGAGGCUACUUCAAAAUGGGGUUCCCUUAGAGCAUCUAUGGGGCACCCAAAGCCUUUUGACCUAAAAUAUGUUGCUAUUGGAAAUGAAGAUUGUGGGAAGACAAACUACCAAGGAAACUACCUAGCUUUCUACGAGGCAAUACGACAUGCUUAUCCGGAUAUUCAAAUGAUUUCAAAUUGUGAUGCUUCGUCUAAACCGUUAGAUCACCCAGCUGAUAUGUAUGAUUAUCACACUUAUCCUCAUGAAGCUAUAAAAAUGUUUAAUAACGCUCAUGUGUUUGAUAAGACACCACGAAACGGUCCAAAGGCUUUUGUGAGUGAAUAUGCUCUAAUUGGAGACAUACAAGCUAAGCAUGGAACCCUUUUGGGAGCUGUGUCCGAAGCUGGAUUCCUUAUUGGAUUAGAAAGAAACAGUGAUCAUGUGAUAAUGGCUAGCUAUGCGCCACUUUUUGUAAAUGCAAAUGACAGGAUGUGGAGCCCAGCUGCAAUUGUUUUUAAUUCCAAUCAGGUUUAUGGAACUCCCAGCUAUUGGGUGCAGUUUAUGUUUAGAGAGUCAAAUGGAGCAACAUUUUUAAAAUCACAACUUCAAACGCCUGACCCUGAUUCAGUUGCUGCAUCUGCAAUUCUUUGGAAAAAUCUCCAAGAUAAAAAAACUUACUUAAAAAUAAAGGUUGCAAACGUGGGGAGCAACCAAAUAAAUUUCAAGAUUUCUCUAAACGGAUUUGAGAGCUCAAAUGCAACUAAGGCAACAAAGACAGUGCUCACAUCUAAGAAUGCAUUAGAUGAGAAUAGCCUCGCAAACCCAACAAAUAUAGUACCAAAGCGAAGUCCACUUCAGAGUGCUAACAACGAGAUAAAUGACAUACUUCCUCCAGUUUCAUUGACGGUAUUUGAUUUAUUAAAAAAUGAAUGA